CCGCACCCCCUCCCGCUGCUCCCCACGCUCGAGCUCGCGCUCACCCUCGUCGAGGACCACUUCCAGGCGCAGGGCCUCGCCGUCGUCGGCUACUACCACGCCAACGCGCGCCGCGACGACGCCGACCUCCCCGCCGUCGCCAAGCGCGUCGGGGACCACAUCUUCCGCUACUUCCCCCGCGCCGCCGUGCUGCUGCUGGACAACGUGAAGCUCGAGGAGGUGGUCAAGGGGAACAGCCGCGACGCAGUUGUUCAGCUAUACACCAGGGAUUCAUCAAAAAGCUGGCGUCAGGCUGGAUCAGAUGGAAGCAGUCAGCUCAAACUGAAAGAGCCAUCUACCAAUGUGGUCUUAGCUGAUCAUGUUACCACGAAGAAAUGGCAGCAAGUUGUUGAUUUCGACGACCACCUCGAUGAUAUCAGCAAGGACUGGUUGAACGCGAGCCUGCUUGGUUGAAACGGUUUUGAGAUCAAAUUUGUCACAUAUUUAUUUGAACUGGCUAGAAACCAAGGCAUCAAGGCUUGUCCCACCAGAUCACUGCGUUUCACUUUAUGGCCAGACGAGCUAUUUGGCAUGGUUUUGUAAUUUAAUAUGACAUAAUAAGUAGAUGUUACCCCAUGUGUUCUUGCGAUGAUUUGUAGCCAACAACUGAUGAAAAAUGAAGAAAAACUGUGAUUGUAAAA